CUCCCUUCUUCAGACUCCCACUCCCAUCUCUCCUCAUCUCACGGCACCAUCCUCAUCUCCUCGCCCGCCUCUUCCUCCUUUCUUUCCUUCCCGUCUUUCCUUUGACCCUUUACAUAUACAAUAAUGGCUGACAACCUUCGCUUCGAUGGACGUGUCGUUAUCGUGACCGGUGCCGGUGGUGGACUCGGUCGCUCCCACGCUCUCGCCUUCGGUGCCCGCGGUGCCUCCGUCGUCGUCAACGAUCUCGGUGCCUCCCACACCGGCGAGGGCGCCUCAAGCCGUGCCGCUGAUGUCGUCGUGGAGGAAAUUCGCGCUGCUGGAGGCAAGGCAGUCGCCAACUACGACUCUGUUCUCGACGGCGACAAGAUUGUCGAGACCGCCAUGAAGGCCUUCGGCCGCAUCGACAUCGUCAUCAACAACGCCGGUAUUCUCAAGGAUGUCUCCUUUGCCCGUAUGACGGAUCAGCAGUGGGACUUGAUUUUCCAGGUCCACGUCGACGGUGCCUACAAGGUCCUCAAGGCUGCCUGGCCCAUCUUCCGCAAGCAAAAGUUCGGCCGCAUCAUCAACACCACCUCGGCUGCUGGUCUCUACGGAAACUUUGGUCAGGCCAACUACUCGGCUGCUAAGCUCGCCCUCGUCGGUUUGACCCAGACCUUGGCUCUUGAAGGAAAGAAGGACAACAUCACCUGCAACGUUAUCGCCCCCAUGGCUGCUUCGCGCAUGACCGAGACCGUCCUCCCCCCCGACAUGCUCGCCUCCUUGAAGCCCGAGAUGGUCACUCCUUUGGUCGAGUACCUCUGCCACGAGGACACCACCGAGAGCGGCUCCAUCUUCGAGGUCGGUGCCGGCUUCGUCGGCAAGCUCCGCUGGGAGCGUACCGGUGGCCACGGCUUCCCCAUCAACAAGGAUCUCUUGCCUGAGCACGUCAAGGAGAUGUGGUCCAAGAUCACCGACUUUGAGGAUGGUCGCGCCACCCACCCCACCUCCACCGCUGAGUCCAUGGAGGGCAUCAUGGCCAACUUUGAGAACGUCGAUGCCGGCUCUGGCUCUUCGCGUCCCAAGGUCGUUUCCGAGGAUGGCAAGGUCGAUGUUGAGGCUGCCAAGUCCUUGACCUUCGAGCCCGAGGUCUUCGAGUACAAGGAGCGCGAUGUUAUCUUGUACAACUUGGGUAUCGGUGCCACACGCAAGGACCUUGACCUCGUUUACGAGAACAACGAGGCCUUCGGCCCCGUCCCCACCUUCGGUGUCAUCCCCUCUUUCACUGCCAUGAACGCUGUUCCCUUUGGCGAGAUCCUCCCCUCGUUCAACCCCAUGAUGCUUCUCCACGGUGAGCAGUACCUCGAGAUCAUCAAGCCCUUCCCCACCAGCGGCAAGUUGACCUCGACUCCUUAUGUUGUUGACAUUCUGGACAAGGGCAAGGGAUGCGUCGCCACCAUCGGAGUCAAAACCACCGAUGAGAACGGUGAGGACAUCUGCGUCAACGAGUUCACCAUGUUCAUCCGUGGCGCUGGAAACUUUGGCGGCAGGAAGGAGGGCGCUGACCGUGGUGCUGCCACUGCCUCCAACCAGGCUCCUAGCCGCAAGCCCGACCACGUUGUCCAGGAAAAGACUCACGAGGACCAGGCUGCGCUGUACCGUCUCUCCGGUGACUGGAACCCUCUCCACAUCGACCCCGACAUGGCUGCCGUCGGAGGCUUCGAAGUCCCAAUUCUCCACGGUCUCUGCUCGUUCGGUAUUGCGGGUAAGCACAUCUUCAAGACCUACUGCAACAACGACCCAGCCUCGUUCAAGAACAUCAAGGUCCGCUUCGCCAAGACUGUCAACCCCGGCGAGACCCUCGAGACCUCGAUGUGGCGCGAGGGCAACAAGGUCCUUUUCCAGGUUCGUGCGGUUGAGCGCAAUGUCAUCAUCAUCUCCAACGCUGCCGUUGAGCUCCAGGGCGAGGCCUUGAAGGCUGCUCCCUCUGCCCCCGUUACCACCACUGCCCCCGCUGCUGCUGGUGCCUCGGGUGACUUUAAGUCGGCUGCUGCUUUCGAGCAGAUCAAGACUGGUAUUGAGGCCAUGUCAUCGGCCGAGCGCCAGGCUCAGGUCAAGAAGGUCAAGGCCAUCUUCCAGUUCGAUCUCACCAACGAGGCCGGCAAGACUGCUACUUACCAUGUCGACCUCAAGAACGGCGAGGGCAGUGUUGGCGCUGGUGCCCCCAAGAACAAGGCCGAUGUUGUGAUCACAACCAAGGACGAAGUCUUUGUCGAUCUCGCCUCUGGCAAGGCCAACGCCCAGAAGCUGUUCAUGUCUGGACAGAUCAAGGUCAAGGGCCAGGUCAUGCUCGCCACCAAGUUGGGUGAUAUCCUCAAGGCCAACAAGUCCAAGUUGUAAAGAAAAAAAAAUGCAACUUGUAGUCUCCUUGUUUUUAAUUAUUAUUUUUCCCCCCCUCCUAUCGAGGUUCAACGUUCCUCCCUUUUGUGUUUUUGUACUCUAGCAUGCAAACGCGACCUCCUAAAAUAAAACAAAAAUGUAUAUAAUU